ACAACCGGAUGUAUCAUAUACGAAGAGGUGAAGGACGGUUAUUUACCGUGACUUUUAUAAAAUAUAUUAGAAAAUACCUACUAUGUCUUAUGUCAUCUCUGUGAAUAAUACUUUUUGAAUAAUUCAAUUCUACUUGCGAUUGGUUAAAGCUGAUACCGAUACGGUUAUAGAAGCCUAUAUAAGAGCGCCCACCAUGAGUCAAUCAGUAUUACGAGAAGAUCAUUACCAGCAACUACCAACUUUUAAUAUUGAGCCUUCAUCUAUUGAACAUAGUCCUGAAUUAAUGAGGAAAGAUAUGGUGGACGAAACUAGCUCUUUACCACACAAUCGAGCUCUGACGCCGGCUGAAGAAGCGACCGAGGACGCGAAAAUCGUUUUAAAAUGCGUUCUCAUGAAGAGGUGUUUUAGCUCAAACGAUGUGGAAGCUCUUCCAGGUAUUAAAGAGACGGAUGGAAAACAGCAAUCAUCUAACGACGCAUUAUCAUCAUCAUCAUCGAAUGAUGAUAAUGAUAGAAUCCAACGAAAAAAGAAAAGUUUAAAAAAACGAGUUUUAGAGCGAUUACGUCAAACUUUUAAGAGGAAUAGUCGUGAAAAACUACCAAUUGAAAGAAGACAAACUGCUCCUGUUCAAAAAGCUCAAAUUCAAGACAAGGAUCGUAAAAUCUUUAAUCAUUUUCUAAAUGCUCUGAAACCAAAGAAAUCAGAAUCGAACAAUCAAACUAAAAAGCGAAGUCGAUCGGACGAAACGAUGUUCCGUAUUGAUGCUACGAGUUCCGCGGAACAACAACAAAUAUUAGCUAACUACACGCCGACGGGAAAAGUUCACUCUCUAGACAAAAACCAUCGCUUCGAGGUUAAGCGCGAUUUCGCUCAGUUCGCUCAUUCGCAGCCGCCCGUCAAGACGAUGGGGUUGAAGGAUUUACAAAAACAUCGUCCUAUGUCAAACGAUGAAGCCGAUGGCGUAGGCGUUGAUUGUACGGAUGCAAUGAAUUUUACUCAAGAUCAGACAGAUCUUUCACCUUGUGGAUUUGUUAAAAAGGGAUCAUUCCAUGAUUUGCCUAGGGAUAAACAAGAAAAACUUUAUGCAAAAAUUGCCGAAAAAGUUUUAGAGAUCGGUGAUGAUAUUCAAAAAAAGCAUUUUGAAAGGAAAAGAAGUCUUUCAACUUCAAAUUAUUCCAAUGUUAAUGUUACAGAUCCGAAGAGAAGAAGUAGUAUACCUGAUGCUCCAACGAAUAUGUAUCGUCGAUUUAGGUCACCGUCACUAGAGUUGACAGUUAAUAAUAUAGUUAGAUCGGGUAGUUACGGAACUUUUCAAAGCGAAAUGAAUAGAGUGAUAGUCAACGAAGAACCAAUUAAUCAAGUGGCCGUAUUGUUUAAUAUAACAUCAGAAGCAAUAAAUGCUCAGCCAACGUUAUUCUCUAGGAUAAAAGAGAAUUGUAUUCGUUUCUUUCAAGAUAAAUUAUCUGGUAUGAUAGCAAGUCAAGGAGGAUGGGAAUCAGUCGUAGAAGAUUCAAGUGGAGAAGUUGAUUGA